GGACGCGGACGCGACGCGGACGCGGACGGGGCCGGGGAGCGGGCCAGAUUCUUCUGUGACCAUGAAAGAGAGAAAUAAAGAAUGACCCAUGCUUUUUAAACACCUUGUCUUGAGGAUUUAGUCAUGUUGGAAGGUCUUGUAGCCUGGGUUCUCAAUACCUAUCUGGGGAAAUACGUCAGUAACCUGAACACCGACCAGCUCUCAGUUGCACUGCUGAAAGGUGCUGUUGAGUUAGAAAACUUGCCAUUAAAGAAAGAUGCCUUGAAAGAACUGGAAUUACCAUUUGAAGUCAAAGCUGGCUUAAUUGGCAAGGUAACCCUGCAGAUUCCCUUCUAUCGCCCCCAUGUGGACCCUUGGGUGAUAUCCAUCUCCAGCCUUCACUUAAUUGGAGCCCCUGAAAAAAUACAGGAUUUUAAUGAUGAAAAGGAGAAGCUGUUGGAAAGGGAGCGGAAGAAAGCUCUACUUCAAGCCUUGGAGGAAAAAUGGAAGAGCGAGCGCCAGCAGAAGGGGGAAUCCUACUGGUAUUCAGUGACGGCCUCCGUGGUUACCAGGAUCGUGGAGAACAUUGAAUUAAAAAUUCAAGAUGUCCACCUGCGCUUUGAAGAUGGUGUCACCAACCCUUCCCAUCCCUUUGCAUUUGGCAUCUGCAUUAAGAAUGUGUCCAUGCAAAACGCUGUGAACGAGCCUGUACAGAAAUUAAUGCGGAAAAAGCAGUUGGAUGUGGCAGAGUUUAGCAUCUAUUGGGAUGCAGAUUGCACUUUAUUGGGGGACUUGCCCCAGGUAGAGCUACAGGAGGCCAUGGACAAGAGCAUGGAGAGUCGUGGCCAUCACUACAUCCUGGAGCCUGUGUGUGCCUCUGCCCUGUUGAAGAGAAAUUGCUCCAAAGAACCUCUGCGGACCCGGCACACUCCCCGCAUAGAAUGCGACAUUCAGCUGGAGACCAUUCCCCUGAGACUCUCUCAGCUGCAGUACCGGCAGAUCAUGGAGUUUCUCAAAGAGCUGGAGCGGAAGGAGAGGCAGGCGAAGUUCCGGAAAUGGAAACCCAAAGUUGGCGUCUCGGAGAACUGCCGGGAGUGGUGGUAUUUUGCUCUGAAUGCUAACCUGAAUGCCAUCAGAGAGCAGAGGAAGCGAUGUACGUGGGACUUCCUGCUGCACCGGGCCCGGGAUGCUGUGUUUUACACUGACAGAUACUUUAGAAAGUUGAAAGGAGGCUUGCUGUCUGCAGAUGACAAGGAGGAGAUGUGUCGGAUAGAAGAGGAGCAGACCUUUGAGGAGUUGAAGAUCUUGCGCGAACUGGUUCAUGACCUGUUUUACAAGCAAGAAGAGCUGGCAGAGAACAUCCGAGAGCCUCAACUGGAAUCUCCAGUGGAGUCCCCCGGAGACCCGGACGCACGUGGCGGCAGUGGCAUGCUGCAGUAUCUUCAGUCGUGGUUUCCAGGCUGGGGUGGCUGGUAUGGGCAGCAGAGCCCCGAAGGGAAGCCUGUCGAGGGCCUGAGUGCCGAGCCGCAUGAGCAGUGGACUGCUGAGGAGAUCCUGGGCACAGAGGAGUUUUUUGACCCCACGGCGGAUGCCUCUUGUAUGAACACGUACACGAAGCGGGAUCACGUCUUUGCCAAACUGAACCUGCAGUUGCAGCGAGGCACCGUGACGCUGUCGCAGCAAGAGCCAGGAACUCCGCCCGAGGCCGAGAGUGCCUUCAUGCAGCUCGAGUUUUCAGAUGUGAAGCUUUUAGCAGAAGCUCUUCCUCGAAGAAAUUCCUCCUUGCUCUUAGUUCGAUUGGGUGGACUGUUUCUUCGAGACCUGGCCACAGAAGGAACCACGUUUCCUCUUCUGGUCUUCCCUAAUCCACAGAAAGAAGUUGGCCGAGUCUCGCAGUCCUUUGGCCUCCAGACACCACCAGCAGAUAGACGAGACCAGCACCCUGCUGCAGACCCGGAUGACCCAGUGUUUGAGAUGCUGUAUGAGAGAAACCCGGCGCACAGCCACUUCCAGAGGAGACUGAAUGUUAGCACGCGGCCCUUGAACAUCAUCUAUAACCCUCAGGCUAUUAAGAAAGUAGCAGACUUUUUCUACAAGGGAAAGGUUCAUACCUCAGGUUUUGGUUAUCAGUCUGAACUGGAGCUGCGCGUGGCUGAAGCGGCCCGCCGACAGUACAACAAGCUGAAGAUGCAGACCAAGGCAGAAAUCCGGCAGACUCUUGAUCGUCUGCUAGUGGGUGAUUUCAUUGAGGAGAGUAAACGGUGGACUGUGAGACUGGAUAUUUCUGCGCCUCAGGUGAUCUUUCCCGAUGACUUCAAGUUCAAGAAUCCUAUGCUAGUAGUUGUGGAUCUAGGAAGGAUGUUGCUGACCAAUACCCAAGAGGAUUCCAACCGAAAAAGUGGGGAUGGCUCAGCCUCUGAGGAGAACCAGUUUAGUGAUGAGGAAUAUAAGACCCCGCUAGCCACCCCCACGAACACUCCGCCUCCCGAGAGCAGUGACAGCAACGGGGAGAAGACGCCUUCGUUUUCCGGAGUGGAGUUCAGCGAGGAGCAGCUUCAGGCGCAUUUAAUGAGCUCGAAGAUGUACGAGAGAUACUCCCUGUCCUUCCUGGACCUCCAGAUCAUGGUGGGGCACGUGAAGGACAACUGGAAGCACGUGCAGGAUAUCGAUGUGGGGCCCACCCACGUGGUUGAAAAAUUCAAUGUUCACCUCCAGUUAGAACGCCGCUUGAUCUACACCUCUGAUCCCAAGUACCCCGGCGCUGUACUCUCAGGCAACCUGCCAGACUUAAAAAUACACAUCAACGAAGACAAAAUAGCUGCCCUGAAGAACUGCUUUGCUCUUCUGACCACCCCGGAAAUGAGGACUUGCGACACGCAGAUCAAAGAGAAGAUUUUUCCCCAAGAGGCCGACCUGGGGAGUUUGCAGGACUCGGUGAUGAAUCUAACCCAGAGCAUCGUGCUGUUGGAGCAGCACACCCGGGAGGUCCUGGUGGAGUCCCAGCUCCUCCUGGCUGAGUUUAAGGUCAACUGUAUGCAGCUCGGUGUCGAGAGCAAUGGCCGGUAUAUUUCUGUGCUCAAGGUCUUUGGUACCAAUGCGCACUUUGUGAAGAGGCCGUACGAUGCGGAAGUCUCCUUAACCGUCCACGGGCUGCUCCUCGUGGACACCAUGCAGACCUACGGUGCUGACUUUGACCUGCUGAUGGCCUCGCAUAAGAACCUGAGCUUUGAUAUUCCAACAGGAAGCCUCUUGGAUAGCAGGGUCCAGUCUCCCGUGUCGGGGCCCACGGCUUCCCACCUCGAGGAUGCGGCUGCUCUGAACCACCGAUCGGCUGCUACCAACCUUGCCCUGGACACGAUUCUCAGCAAAGAGCAGGAGUCCCUCAUUAAAUUGGAAUAUCAGUUUGUGAGUUCCGAGUGUCCGUCGAUGAACCUGGAUAGCACCCUUCAGGUGAUUUCAUUGCAGGUGAACAAUUUGGACAUUAUCCUCAACCCAGAGACAAUUGUGGAGCUGAUUGGCUUCCUCCAGAAGUCCUUUCCCAAGGAGAAAGAUGACCUGAGCCCGCAGCCCCUAAUGACGGACUUGGAAAGAAGCUUCAGGGAAGAAGGAACUUACCAGUCUACUUAUGAGCAGAACACGGAGGUGGCCGUGGAGAUCCACCGGCUUAACUUGCUGCUUCUCCGGACCGUGGGGCUGGCGAACGGCGAGAAAUACGGCCGCAAAAUCGCCACUGCCAGCAUCGGGGGCACCAAAGUCAACGUCUCUAUGGGCAACACGUUUGACAUGAGCGGCUCCCUUGGCUGCCUGCAGCUCAUGGACCUGACGCAGGAUAAUAUGAAGAACCAGUACGUGGUUAGUAUCGGCAACUCCGUCGGUUAUGAGAACCUCAUCAGCGGCCUCAGCUACUUCGAGUCUGUCCGCAUGGAAGACGCGGCCCUCACCGAAGCGCUGAGCUUCACGCUGGUGGAGAAAUCGAAGCAGGAAUGUUUCCUCAACCUCCGGAUGGCCUCCCUGCAUUACAACCACUCGGCCAAGUUUCUCAAGGAGCUGACCCUGUCCAUGGAUGAGCUCGAGGAAAACUUCCGAAGUAUGCUGAAGAGCGCCGCCACUAAGGUCACCACGGUGCUCGCCACCAAGACGGCGGAGUACAGCGAGAUGGUGUCGCUCUUCGAGACGCCUCGGAAGACGCGGGAGUCCUUCACUUUGGAAGAGAAUGACAUCUAUGGCUUCGACAUGGCCGCCCCUCGCUCGGACACUGUCAAGCUGAUCUUGAACAUCAACAUCGAGUCCCCGGUCGUUUCGAUCCCUCGGAAGCCCGGGAGUCCCGAGUUGCUGGUGGGCCACCUGGGCCAGAUCUUCAUCCAGAAUUUUGUGGCCGGCGAGGAUGAAUCUGGAAGUGACCGCCUGCAGGUGGAAAUCAAAGACAUUAAAUUGUAUUCUUUGAAUUGUACCCAGUUGGCAGGCCGAGAGGGUCCUGGGUCUGAGGUAAACCGGACCUUUUGCCCUCCUUCUGGAUCCGCCAGUGCCAGUAGCCAGGAGGAAGCCCAGUUCACGCGACACGAUUUCUUCGAGUCUUUGCAUCGAGGUCAAGCUUUUCACAUCCUCCACAACACCACCAUUCAGUUUAAACUGGAAAAGAUCCCUACAGAGAGAGAAUCGGAGCUGACGUUCUCCCUUAGUCCAGAUGAUUUGGGAAGUUCUAGCAUCAUGAAAAUCGAAGGAAAAUUUGUCAAUCCAGUUCAGGUGGUGUUAGCAAAGCAUGUCUAUGAGCAGGUUUUGCAGACUUUGGACAAUCUCGUGUAUAGCGAAGAUCUGAAUAAGUUUCCCGUCAGUCCCACUGCCUCCCCCUGCCCUAAUUCUCCUCUGCCUUCCCUCAGUACCGGUGGAGAACCUUCCACUGAAAGGAAGGAGAAUGGACUGUUCAGCCACUCCAGUUUUUCUAACUCUUCUCAAAAGUCCUUGUCUGUGAAGGAAGUCAGAUCCUUUACUCAAGUGCAAGCCAACUUUUGCAUCUCUGAGCUUCAAGUGCAGCUCAGCGGAGACCUGACGUUGGGCGCCCAGGGGCUCGUGAGCUUGAAGUUCCAGGACUUCGAGGUGGAGUUCACGAAAGACCAUCCGCAGACAUUGUCCAUCCAGAUUGCCCUGCGCUCCCUGCUGAUGGAAGACCUGCUGGAGAAGAACCCCGACUCCAAAUACAAGAACCUGAUGGUGUCCCGGGGAGCCCCGAAGCCAUCGAGUUUGGCCCAGAAGGAGUACCUCUCUCAAUCUUGCCCUUCGGUGUCCAACGUGGAGUACCCUGACAUGCCGCGCUCUCUCCCCUCCCACAUGGAGGAGGCGCAGAAUGUUUUCCAGCUGUAUCAGAGACCUACCUCCGCCUCCCGGAAGAAGCAGAAGGAAGUCCAGGACAAGGACUGCCCCUUGACCCCACCGCCGUCUCCAUCAGCAGAGGAGCCCAGGAGGCUUCCUGGAAAGAGUAAAUUUGAUGAUUCCUUGGUCCACAUCAACAUAUUCUUGGUGGACAAGAAGCAUCCAGAGUUCUCGUCGAUUUACAACCGGGUCAACCGGAGCAUCGACGUUGACUUUAACUGCCUGGAUGUGCUGAUCACACUGCAGACCUGGGUAGUGAUACUGGAUUUCUUUGGAAUCGGAUCCACGGCAGACAACCAUGCCAUGAAGGCCCCUGCCGAGGAUGCGCUCCAGAACGUGAGGUCAGAGUCAAGCGCUUUCCAGGAAUCGGAGCUUCAGGAUCCAGUCAACACCAAGCUUGAUGUCAAGGUUCACUCCCUCUCUCUCGUGCUGAAUAAGACCACCAGUGAGCUCGCUAAAGCGAAUGUGUCCAAAUUAGUGGCGCACCUGGAAAUGAUUGAAGGAGACGUGGCCUCGCAGGGCAGCAUCGGCAGCCUGUCCCUGAGCGACCUGACGCCCCAUGGAGAGCUGUACCGGGAGCGCUUCACCACCAGCGGGGAGGAGGCGCUCAUCUUCCAGACCUUUCGGUAUGGACGCCCCGACCCUCUGCUCCGGAGAGAGCACGAUGCCCGGGUGAGCCUGCAGAUGGCCUCUGUGCAGUAUGUGCAUACACAGCGCUUCCAGGCCGAGGUGCUGGCCUUCAUCCAGCACUUUACACAGCUGCAGGAUGUGCUGGGGAGGCAGCGAGCGGCCAUUGAGGGGCAGACGGUGAGAGAUCAAGCUCAGCGCUAUUCACGGAUUCUCUUGGAUAUUGAGGCUGGUGCUCCAGUUCUCCUUAUUCCAGAAAGUUCCAGGUCAAAUAAUCUGAUUGUAGCAAAUUUGGGGAAGUUGAAAGUCAAGAACAAGUUUCUCUUUGCUGGCGUUCCUGGAACCUUUUCCUUACAAGAUAAGGAGUCUGUGCCCUCAACUUCUCCAGCGGGGACACCCAGACACAGCACGAGGAAGACGCCAGGCAUGGAGGAGCCAAAGGGGACCCCCACUGAGGGGCUGUUCAUGAUGCCACCUGCUGGGCCGGAUCUAGGCAGCCCAAGGAGCGAGGCUGGGCCCCGUGUCCCCGCUAAGCAACCAGAGCCACCAGCCCUCCUCCCGGUCACUCCCGGCUCCUGCAGUCCAGAAGACCACGUCUGCUUGUUGGAUUGCAUUGUUGUGGAUCUCCAGGACAUGGACAUCUUCGCCGCACAGAGACAUCCGCGCGAGUACUCGAAGGCUUUGGAGGACAGCAGUGGGGAGCUCAUCUUCCCCUCUUAUUUCGUAAGGCAGACUGGAGGAAGCCUCUUAACCGAGCCCUGCCGGCUCAAGCUGCAGGUGGAAAGGAACUUGGACAAAGAAAUCAGCCAUGCUGUGCCAGACAUUUCCAUCCACGGCAAUCUCUCUUCCGUUCACUGCUCCCUGGAUUUGUCCAAAUAUAAGCUGAUCCGUGGCUUAUUAGAGAACAAUCUUGGCGAGCCCAUCGAGGAAUUCAUGCGGCCUUACGAUUUACAGGAUCCGAGAAUCCACACCGUGUUGAGCGGAGAAGUGUACACAUGCAUGUGCUUCCUCAUCGACAUGGUGAACGUGAGCCUGGAGCUGAAGGAUCCCAAAGGAAAAGAAGGCGCUAGCUCCCUGGCUCGAUUUGACUUCAAGAAAUGUAAACUGCUCUAUGAGAGCUUUUCCAACCAAACCAAGUCCAUUAACUUGGUUUCCCAUUCCAUGAUGGCCUUUGAUACCCGCUAUGUUGGACAGAAGACCAGCCCGGGCAUGACAAACGUGUUCACCUGUAUCUUUCAGCCAUCCAAGAAUAGCACUUCCUCCCAGGGCUCCAUUCAGAUCGAGCUGCAUUUCAGAUCUACAAAGGACUCCUCGUGUUUUACAGUCGUUCUCAAUAAUCUUCGUGUGUUUCUCAUAUUUGACUGGCUACUGCUAGUUCACGACUUUCUCCACACGCCCAGUGAUAUAAAGAAGCAAACCACCGAUCCUCCCUCUCGCCACCGUCAUUCUAGCAGCGAGUCUGCUGUUGUUCCCAAAACAGUCAAAAGUGGAGUGGUCACGAAGAGGUCUUCCCACCCUGUGUCCACUGAGAGGCACCUGGAGGUCAAGGUCAAUGUCACAGGCACAGAGUUCGUGGUUGUGGAAGAUGUGUCGUGCCUGGACACCAAUGCCAUCAUUCUCAAAGGCACCACCGUGCUCACCUAUAAACCCCGCUUUGUUGAUCGCCCCUUUUCAGGAAGUUUGUUCGGCAUUGAGGUGUUUUCAUGCCGACUCGGGAAUGAACAGGACACGGCUCUUUCCAUAGUUGACCCGGUGCAGAUUCAGGUGGAGCUGGUAGGAAAUUCUUCCUACCAGAGCAGUUCGGGAUUGAUGGAUGCGUUCAACAGUGAAGAUUUCCCACCUAUACUAGAGAUUCAGUUACAAGCCUUGGAUAUCAGACUCUCCUACAAUGAUGUUCAACUGUUUCUUGCCAUCGCUAAAUCCAUCCCAGAGCAAGCUAGUGCUGCAGUGCCUGACCCAGUGGCCCCGGAAGCCACCUCAGGGAGCAGUUACCUUCCCGGUGUGUCUCGAGUGGCAGAGGAAGGAGGAACAAGACACAACUUGGAUCCUGUUUUGGAGUUACAACUGGCAAGACUGCAGGAGCUGGGAUUCAGCUUGGAAGACUGUCGAAAAGCCCUCUUAGUGUGCCAAGGCCAGCUGAAGAAGGCAGCCAGCUGGCUGUUUAAGAAUGCUGAACCACGGAAAUCGCCAGCCCGAGUGGCUCCAAACAGAGAGAGUCCUGGGUCGCUGCCGGCGCAACUGAUCUCGGGAGUGGAGGUCCGAGCCGAGAGCGUGUGCCUCUGCUUCAUCGACGACUGCAUGGACUGCGACGUGCCUCUGGCCGAGCUCACCUUCUCCCGCCUGAAUUUCCUUCAGCGCGUGAGGACUCGUCCUGAAGGCUACGCCCACUUCACCCUCUCAGGAGAUUAUUAUAACCGUGCUCUGUCAGGCUGGGAACCAUUUAUUGAGCCAUGGCCCUGUUCGGUGUCUUGGCAGCAACAAUCAGCCAGUCGUCUCCACCCCCCUCGGCUGAAGCUGGAAGCCAAGGCCAAGUUCCGCUUGGAUAUCAAUAUCACGUCUGUCCUGAUCGACCAAUACAUAAGUACCAAGGAGUCGUGGAUGGCAGAUUACUGUCAACAGGACCAGGAAAUCGAAUCGGCCACAUCAGAAGAUUGGAUGGGCUCAUCGGUGGAUCCUCCAUGCUUUGGCCAAAGCCUCCCCCUUGUCUACCUUAGAACUAGGAGUACAGCCAGUCUGACUAACCUAGAGCACCAGAUCUAUGCUAGAGCAGAGGUGAAAGCACCUAAGCGCCGGCAGCCUUUUGUGCCUUUUGCUCUGAGAAAUCACACCGGCUGCACCCUGUGGUUUGCCACCCUGACCACCACACCCACCAGAGCUGCAUUGUCUCACAGCGGGAGUCCAGGGCUGGUUCCAGAAGGCAAUGGAACGUUCCUCGAUGAUGCUCACAAUGUGAGUGAGUGGCGGGAAGUCCUCACCGGGGAAGAGAUUCCCUUUGAAUUUGAAGCAAGAGGAAAGCUGAGACACAGACACACCCAUGACCUUCGGAUCCAUCAGUUGCAAGUGCGUGUCAGUGGCUGGGAGCAAGUGAGCCCCGUGUCUGUGGAUAAAGUCGGCACCUUUUUCCGUUAUGCGGCACCAGAUAAGAAUUCAUCUUGCUCCACGAUUGGCAGCCCAAGCAGCAGAACAAAUAUUAUUCAUCCUCAAGUUUAUUUUUCAUCCCUACCUCCCGUCCGUGUGGUCUUUGCUGUGACCAUGGAGGGCAGUGCCCGGAAGGUGAUCACCGUGCGCUCAGCCCUCAUUGUGAAGAACAGUCUGGAGACGCCCAUGGAGCUCCGACUGGACAGCCCUUCGGCGCCAGACAAGCCCGUGGUGCUGCCCGCCAUCAUGCCAGGCCACUCCUUUGCUGUGCCGCUGCACCUCACCUCUUGGCGGCUGCAGGCCCGGCCCAAAGGGUUGGGUGUGUUCUUCUGUAAGGCUCCUAUUCACUGGACCAACGUCGUGAAGACCGCAGAGGUGAGCAGUAGCAAGCGAGAGUGCCACUCCAUGGACACGGAGAAGAGCCGCUUCUUCAGGUUUUGUGUGGCCAUAAAAAAAGAGAAUUAUCCAGAUUACAUGCCAUCCAACAUAUUUUCUGAUAGCGCAAAACAGAUCUUCAGACAGCCGGGGCAUACCAUCUAUCUCCUGCCUACUGUGGUCAUCUGCAACUUGCUGCCUUGUGAGCUGGACUUCUAUGUGAAAGGCAUGCCAAUUAACGGGACCCUGAAACCUGGCAAGGAGGUGGCCCUCCACACUGCUGACACUUCCCAGAACAUCGAACUAGGUGUGUCUCUGGAGAACUUCCCACUCUGUAAAGAAUUGCUUAUUCCGCCUGGAACCCAAAACUACAUGGUCAGAAUGCGACUCUACGACACCCACCGGCGGCAGCUGAACCUCACCAUCCGAAUUGUGUGUCGAGCAGAAGGCUCCUUAAAGAUCUUCAUUUCUGCUCCAUAUUGGCUGAUUAACAAGACAGGGUUGCCCCUGAUCUUCAGACAGGACAAUGCAAAGACAGAUGCCGCAGGCCAGUUUGAGGAACAUGAGCUGGCCCGGAGCCUGAGUCCGCUCUUGUUCUGCUACGCCGACAAAGAGCAGCCAAACCUGUGCACGAUGAGAAUCGGAAGGGGGAUUCACCCAGAAGGCAUGCCCGGCUGGUGUCAGGGCUUCUCGCUGGAUGGUGGCAGUGGCGUUCGUGCUCUGAAGGUCAUCCAGCAAGGGAACCGACCAGGACUCAUUUAUAACAUUGGUAUUGAUGUCAAGAAAGGCCGCGGGCGCUAUAUUGACACCUGCAUGGUCAUCUUUGCCCCUCGCUACCUGUUAGACAAUCAGUCUUCUCACAAGCUUGCAUUCGCACAGAGGGAAUUUGCUAGAGGACAGGGAACAGCCAAUCCUGAGGGCUACAUUUCCACCCUUCCCGGGUCCAGCGUAGUGUUCCACUGGCCUCGCAAUGACUAUGACCAGCUCUUGUGUGUCCGAUUGAUGGAUGUUCCCCAUUGCAUUUGGUCUGGAGGCUUUGAAGUCAACAAGAAUAAUUCCUUCCACAUCAACAUGAGAGAUACCUCAGGCAAGUGUUUCUUUCUUCGAGUGGAGAUUACUCUUCGGGGCGCCACCUAUAGGAUUUCCUUCAGUGACACAGACCAGCUGCCCCCUCCUUUCCGAAUCGACAACUUCUCUAAGGUCCCAGUGGUCUUCAUCCAGCACGGGGUAGCUGAGCCCAGGCUCCGAACCGAAGUGAAGCCCAUGACCUCCUUGGAUUAUGCCUGGGAUGAGCCCACGCUGCCCCCUUUCAUCACGCUGACUGUGAAAGGGGCAGGCUCUUCUGAGCUCAGCUGCAACAUGAACGAUUUCCAGGACAACCGGCAGCUUUAUUAUGAAAACUUCAUUUACAUCGCUGCAACAUACACAUUCUCUGGUUUACAGGAGGUGACCGGAAGGCCUGUGGCUUCCAACAAGCCUGUCACCUGUGCGGAGCUGGUCUUGGAUGUCUCACCAAAGACACAAAGAGUCAUUUUAAAGAAAAAGGAACCAGGGAAGCGCUCGCAGCUGUGGAGGAUGACAGGGACAGGCAUGCUGGCCCAUGAGGGCUCAUCUGUGCCCCAUAAUCCCAGCAAGCCCCUCACUGCCCGUUCUUCCGAGGGCUCGGCCAUCCUGGACAUCGCGGGCCUCGCUGCCGUCACUGACAACAGAUACGAACCACUGAUGCUAAGGAAACCUGACCGCAGGCGAAGCACGACCCAGACCUGGAGUUUCCGAGAAGGAAAACUGACCUGCGGGCUGCACGGACUGGUCGUCCAGGCCAAAGGAGGGCUUUCUGGUCUGUUUGAUGGAGCUGAAGUUGUUCUUGGGCCUGACACUUCCAUGGAACUUUUGGGGCCAGUUCCACCUGAACAGCAGUUUAUUAACCAAAAAAUGAGGCCCGGCUCUGGGAUAUUAUCCAUCCGAGUCAUCCCUGAUGGACCCACGAGAGCACUACAGAUAACAGAUUUCUCCCAGCGGAAAAGUGACCGCUCGUCGUAUGAAGUGGAUGAACUUCCUGUUACUGAGCAAGAGCUGCAGAAAUUAAAAAAUCCAGACACAGAGCAGGAAUUGGAAGUCCUCGUGAAAUUAGAAGGUGGAAUUGGCUUGUCCUUAAUUAAUAAGGUCCCUGAAGAGCUGAUCUUCGCAAGCCUUACAGGAAUCAACGUGCACUACACGCAGCUGGCAACCAGUCACAUGCUGGAGCUCAGCAUCCAGGACAUGCAGGUGGACAAUCAGCUCAUUGGGACCACUCAGCCCUUCAUGCUCUAUGUGACUCCCCUGAGUAACGAGAAUGAGGUCAUUGAGACAGGCCCCGCGGUGCAGGUGAAUGCAGUCAAGUUUCCCAGCAAGAGUGCGCUGACCAACAUCUACAAGCACCUGAUGGUCACGGCUCAGAGAUUCACAGUGCAAAUCGAGGAGAAACUGCUCCUUAAGCUGUUAAGUUUCUUUGGCUAUGAUCAAGCAGAAUCAGAGGUGGAAAAAUAUGAUGAAAACCUCCAUGAAAAAACAGUGGAGCCCGGCGGUACACCAAUCCGGUACUACUUUGAGAAUCUCAAGAUCAGCAUCCCCCAGAUCAAGCUGAGUGUGUUCACCUCCAACAAGCUGCCUCUGGACCUUAAGGCCCUCAAAAGUACCUUAGGCUUUCCACUGAUUCGGUUUGAAGACGCGGUGAUCAAUCUGGACCCCUUCACUCGAGUGCAUCCCUAUGAGACCAAGGAGUUCAUCAUCAACGACAUCCUAAAACACUUCCAGGAGGAGCUCCUCAGCCAGGCAGCUCGGAUCCUGGGCUCAGUCGACUUUCUCGGUAACCCCAUGGGGCUUUUGAACGAUGUUUCUGAAGGGGUGACUGGACUGAUCAAGUAUGGCAAUGUCGGGGGCCUGAUCAGAAACGUUACACACGGAGUGUCCAACUCUGCUGCCAAGUUUGCAGGGACACUGUCGGAUGGCUUAGGAAAGACGAUGGACAACCGACAUCAGUCUGAGCGGGAGUACAUCAGGUACCACGCAGCCACGAGCGGUGAGCACCUGGUGGCCGGCAUCCACGGCCUGGCGCAUGGUAUCAUUGGUGGAUUGACCAGUGUUAUCACCUCUACUGUAGAAGGUGUGAAGACAGAAGGGGGCGUCAGCGGCUUCAUAUCUGGCCUUGGGAAGGGGCUUGUGGGCACCGUAACCAAGCCUGUGGCGGGAGCCCUGGAUUUUGCAUCAGAGACAGCCCAGGCUGUGAGAGAUACCGCCACACUUAGUGGCCCCAGGACUCAAGCACAGAGGGCCCGGAAGCCGCGCUGCUGCAUGGGCCCCCAGGGCCUGCUUCCCCGCUACUCCGAGAGCCAGGCCGAGGGCCAGGAGCAGCUCUUCAGGCUGACAGACAACGCGCAGGAUGAAUACUUCAUCGCCGUGGAGAACACAGACAGCUACUGCGUUCUCAUCUCCUCCAAGGCUGUAUACUUCCUCAAGAGCGGCGACUACGUGGACCGGGAGGCCAUCUUCCUCGAGGUCAAGUACGACGACCUCUACCACUGCCUGGUCUCCAAAGACCACGGGAAGGUGUACGUGCAGGUGACCAAGAAGGCGGGGAGCACCAGCAGUGGGGUGGCCUUCCCUGGCCCCUCCCACCAGAAGCCCAUGGUGCACGUGAAGUCAGAGGUCCUCGCUGUCAAGUUAUCCCAGGAAAUAAACUAUGCAAAGAGCCUUUAUUAUGAACAGCAACUUAUGCUGAGACUCAGCGAGAACCAAGAGCAGUUGGAGCUGGACUCCUGAGAACUCGCAGCUGCGGUGGGGGGGACAUGCCAGCUCCGAAGCGGGUCCUGAUGGGCCUGGCUGCAGCUCGGCAUCAGUUAGAGGCAGAACCAGAGCGAGGUUUGGGGGCCGACAUCGAAGAAGGCGGGAGAGUGAAUUCCUGUGGUGGGGGUGCAGGGGAAACCGUAUUUGUGGGGCAACCAGGCGGGGUCCCACUCGAUGACGGGGAAGUAAUUUUCGGAAGGUAUUGCUUCCAAAGUGAGAAGUCUACUGCGAUGAAUCAGAUGCCAGAGUGCCCUGUAUUUUGUCAACAUGUAUAUAUGUACAACUGUGUGUCUGUAAAUAUCCAGCAGUGUUUCUGGACAGGGCCUGUGAUGUGUAAAGUUCUAUAAAACUAUAUCGGAUCUUCUAUUGCACUAA